GAUAGCCGCACUUCUGUUUACGUCCCACUUGCCCCGCACUGACAGCACUUGCACGGCGUGGAUCACCGCGAACGGGACAGCCUGCGUCGUGACUGCGUCGCUCGCUCGCUCGGAGCUUCGUGAACUUUUCAGGGGCAUGCUGAGGACGGGCUGUUGUCGUUGAAUGAAGGGGAGCCGCUGGACGCCGACAGGAGGAUGAACUCCAUCAGCGGUCGGGCUCUCGCUCUGCCCGCCGCGCCGGUCUCCAACUCCGGGGCUUCAUCCUCCCGAGCCCUGCACGUAGAGCUCACGUCCCAGCAGAGACGAUUGCGUCAUCUCCGAAGCAUUGCUGCCAGGAACAUAGUCAAUAAGAAUGGCUCUCCACUGCUGGACACUUAUUUUACCCUCCAUCUUUGUAUAGGAGACCGCAUUUCUAGAGAUUUUUACAAGAGUGAAGUUAUUCGAGACUCACUGAAUCCAACUUGGCGGAGCUUGGACUUUGGCAUGCUCCCAGAUCUUUUGGACACUUCGGUGUCUUGCUUCGUGGUGAGGAUCUGGGGAGGACAGGAGGAAGAAUACCAGCUUCUCAUUGAAUGGAAGGUCAACUUGGAUGGCCUCAGAUACACAGGACAGCAGAUUCGAUCCAGAAAUCCAAAUGAGAUCAUAUUUGGAUUGAACGAUGGCUACUAUGCGGCAGAUUUCGAUCUCAAGGACCAGACGGAGCAGAAGGAUCACAGCCAGCUCCAGGUCGACCAGAGUUCAGUCAGGAACUCGUACAGUGUUUUCUCUUUGCUCAGGCUUCACACGGCACAGAGAGCCAUCAAACAAACCCAAACGACGGUGCAGAGGAUUGGGAAGGAGAUUGAGGAAAAGCUCAGGACGACGGCGACCUGCACUGAACGGAAGAAAGAGCGGGAGUGCAUGCAACUGCGUAUCGCUGUGCUGCGCAGUGAGCUGCAGCGGCAGAGGAAGGCUCUUGGCAGAGAAGUCGACGUUCAACGGAAGGAGAGAGCGCAGCUGCAAAAGAAAGAGGAUGCAUAUUCUGUUCAACACGAGAGUCUGAAGGACGAAAAAGAAUCCUUAAGCACGCUGCAGAAGGAAUGCACAGCCAAGAGAGAGCAGUUUCUCAAAUCCAACGCCCAGCUCACCUUCCGCUGUCGUCAGCUCCUCUCUGAGCUGUCUUAUAUCUACCCCAUUGAUGUGGUCAAUCAGUCAGAUUAUGUCAUCUGUGGAGUGAAGCUGCCGAACUCGGAGGACUUUCAAGCAAAGGAAGAUGGGAGUGUGGCAGUCGCCCUGGGUUACACGGCACACCUGGUCCUGAUGAUCUCGUGCUUCCUUCAGAUUCCUCUUCGGUAUCCAGUGAUCCACAAAGGUUCCCGUUCCUCCAUCAAGGACACCAUCACUGAUAGGCUCACUGACAAGGAGAGAGAAUUCCCUUUGUACCCCAGAGGAGAGCGAUUUCAUUUUGAAUACGGUGUCUACUUACUAAACAAGAACAUCGCCCAGCUGAGAUAUCAGCAUGGCCUGACCACCCCAGACCUGCAGCAGACACUACCCAACCUGAAGAGCUUUCUGGAGCAUGGGCUGAUGGUGCGAUGUGACCGACAUAACGUCUCCAGCUCCAUUCCAGUGCCCGCCAAGUCCAAGCUGGGUGUGUCUGCCUCGGACAUGUGCCAGAGUAGCCACACCAGCUCCCCCGACCGAGGACUGAGGAAGAGGGCGAGCUCCGAAGCUGAGGCACAGCUCAAGUACAAGCAGGGCUCUCAUCCCACCUGUAACACAGGUACAGGUGGAGAGCAGCCCCCCGGUGGCCACGCGCCAUCGUCAUCAGCACCAAAACACCUGUCCAGCUCCCUCGAUGCCAGCAUGGCCUCGCUUAACCUCACCACAACCAUGGAGGCCAAUAAAGAGCAGGAUGAGAGGGAGGAGGGAGGGCACACAGACACAGCAGCAGAAAAAAACCAGAAAUCCCAAAUUCCUGACAAACAGCCUGAGACGGCUCAAGAAGAAGGAGCGGCUGAGAAGCAUCCAGCCAGCAGCGCUUCUACAACACAGAACCUCGGUGGGGAAACUGUUCCUGCCGUCCAGCACACCGGGGCCAUGAACGGCUCCCUGGUUGCAGGACAGGCACCGCUUAGCCUGAUACCAGAGCUGCACUGCUCCGUGGAGCAAGCGGAGGAGAUCAUGGGCACGGAGGCCACGGGUUUGGGCCUGGGCCUGGGGAUGGGGUUAGGUCUAGGACUGGCGGAUGAAGCUCGGCUGGAAGACUACCGCUGCAUCCCCGUGGAGCACGCCGUGGCUGUGGAUAGUGAUGAACAGGUGCUGGGUGAGCUGGACGUGGCCGGCUUCGAGGAGUUCUCCAGACGCAUCUAUGCACUAAAUGAGAACAUGUCCAGCUUCCGCCGGCCGCGCAAAAACUCUGACAAGUGAAAGGAGAAAGCUAAAGUUGGGGGGGUGGGGGGAGCUUGCACAUGGGGUCUGGACAAAUCCAAGGCAGGGAAAUGAACUGAGAGGUGUGGUCUUCACUCCCAAACUGCACCAUAAAACUGGUAGGAGCUGUUCUGGAAUAACCAAUUUGCACUUAUUGUAAACAUUUCCAUAGUAAGAGUAAAUUACAACAUCUAAAUGUGUUAAAAGUUUUGGGACAGAAAGCAUAACUUUUAUUUCUGACACCAACAUGAUUUUUUUUUUCCAGCAUCUUAUUAUUCACUAAUGGAUUUGGUCUCAGUUGCUGCGUAUUAAGGGUUUCCAGUCUGACAUUAAACUCAAUACCACUUACACUAUGGGCAGAAAUAUGUGCCACUAGAAACUGAAUUUGAAUCAUAGAAACUGAAUUUGAAUCAUUUAUAUUUGAAUUUGAAUUGCUCAACUUGAAUAAUUGCAUUAAAAAACUGAAUCUGAAUCACAUAAUUUGAAUUUGUAUUGUUUAAUUUGAAU